AUGGGACUUCUAGCUCUUGGAACAGCGCUGGAAUGGCCCGAAGCCAAGAAAAAGGCGGGCCAAGUGCGCCAGUGGGGUAUCGAGCAAUUACUUGCCAAUUGGCGCAGAGCACGAGGCAAAGAACGUGAUGUUCUUCUUUGGGGCGACGAGGUUGAGUACCUCGUGGUAGCUCUCGACGAUGCAGCAAAGAAAUCCCGGCUAUCUCUCGCCCAGGCGGAGAUCCUAAAGUCACUAGCAAGAGACGAGGAGCUUUGGAAGUCCGGUUCCGGCAAGCACAGCGCGACUGGGGACCACGAGGGGGAGGAACCGCCUCAUUUCCAUCCCGAAUUCGGAAGAUUCAUGUUGGAGGCUACUCCUGGACAGCCAUGGGGAAUUGGUUUUAAAGAUCUACUCAAGGUGGAGUCCAAUAUGAAGUGGAGACGAGAAGUUGCGAAAGCACACAUGGCUUCAAAUGAGGUCCCCAUUACUCUAACAACUUUCCCUCGACUGGGAACCAAGGAUGACUACAUCCAGCCAUAUUAUCCUCCGUCUGGACCAGCUCUUCGCUCGCAAUUCGUCCCCGACGAGAUUGCCAAUCCCCAUAUCCGAUUCCCUACUUUGGCCGCCAACAUUCGAUCCCGGAGAGGUCGCAAGGUCGAAUUGAAUGUUCCUGUUUUCCAUGACAUAAAUACCCCCAGGCCGUUCAAGGACCCAACGGUCAAUUACGAUCUUCAUCAGUGGCCCGAGGAUGAUGACGUCCGCAACGGUGCAGCGAAGGAUGAUCAUGUUUAUAUGGACGCCAUGGCAUUCGGAAUGGGCAGCUGUUGCUUGCAAAUCACCUUCCAGGCAAAGAAUAUGACCGAGGGCAGAAAGCUUUAUGAUCAACUCAGUCCUCUGGGGCCCAUUCUCCUGGCUUUGACCGCCGCCACACCUAUUUAUAAAGGUUUCUUAGUGGACACAGAUGUGCGAUGGAACCAAAUUGGCAAUGCAGUCGAUGAUAGGACCCCCGAGGAACUUGGUGAAGCUCCUCUCAAGAACGACCGGUGGAGAAUUCCCAAGUCGCGAUAUGCUUCAAAUUCGACUUAUAUCUCCCAAGAUCCUCGACUCCGAAAGGAGUACUUUGAUCCUGAUCUAGUGGUUGACCAGGAUAUUAAGAAACGUCUGAUGGACGGAGGAAUGGACGACCUACUCGCGACGCACUUUGCGCACCUUUUCAUCCGCGAUCCCUUAGUCAUUUUCUCUGAAGAUCUCGAAGAACUGGAUCUCAACAAGAGCGACCACUUCGAAAAUUUGCAGUCGACUAAUUGGCAGCACAUGCGCUUCAAGCCACCCCCACCUGAUAAGGAUGAUAUUGGCUGGCGAGUUGAAUUCCGGUCUAUGGAGAUCCAAAUCACGGAUUUCGAGAAUGCAGCGUUCAGUAUUUUCAUCGUUCUUAUCACUCGUGCUAUCCUGAGCUUCGAUCUUAACUUCUACAUCCCCAUCCAACGCACCACAGAGAACAUGGAGACAGCACACGCUCGCAACGCUGUUCAUGAUCGGAAGUUCUGGUUCCGCAAGGACCCCUUCCCUCGCAGAGUCCCCCGGAGUGCACAGCAGUCGACAAAUGGCAGCACCUUCUCAUCAGGCACAUCAUCCGCUGUCAACACCCCGCCUCCUUCACCUCCUCUGGGUCCCGUUGAGAGCGAGUUUGAUCUCAUGACCAUUGACGACAUUAUAAAUGGAUGCGCCGACGGAUCAUUCCCGGGUCUCAUCCCGCUUGUCGAGUCCUACCUCAACAGCGUCAAUGUUGACGUUGAGACCAGGUGUUUCCUGGCCAGCUACCUCGAUUUGAUCCGGAAGCGAGCUGACGGAACCCUUUGGACCGGAGCUCGGUGGAUACGUGAGUUUGUGGCCAAGCAUCCUAGCUAUAAGCAGGAUAGUGUUGUGUCCGAGGAGAUCACCUACGAUCUAGUAAAGGCUGUUGAGGAGAUGACCACCAAAGAAGGCAAACAAGGGUCCGUCGGAUGGGAACUUCUCCGGGGCAGAAAGGACUAG